UGAUCUAGAUUAUGGGUGGGCUCAUGGACAGGAAGUUCAUCACUCAGAAAUAGUGUGUACGAGUGCAGAGGUGUCACACGCUGAGCGCAUCGACAUGAUUUUAAAACAAGUUACAAACUGUCUUUUAUUUUUUACUUUAAUUUAUCUUCCACAUACAGAUGUGGAGUCUAUCAGAGCAGAUGAAGGAGCGACUGUCCAUCUGCCCUGCCACUCACCACCUGAUGACAGUGAAAAAGUUUCUGUAAAGUGGACAAAAAAUAGUGCAACUAACAAAACUAUCUGUGAAUGGAUUUCUAAUAAAAUUUUGGGAUCUUCCUCCGGUGAUUGCAUUCCUCAUUUUACAUUCAACAGAACAUCUUUUACACUAAGUAUAGAAAAUGUUCAGCUCAGUGACUCUGGUAAUUACAGCUGUAAAACAUCAAGGAUAAUUCCACCACCGACAUUGGACGACAUCUCAAAUGUGACACUUCAUGUUGCAGCACAUCCAGGUCUGUCCCUGCAGCUCCUGAACAGCAGUGAUGACACCUGUGUUCAUCUGCUCUGCUCUCUGGAGAGUCUGAACCCUGAGCUGGUGAACUUCACCUGGAGCCGAGAGGGUCAAAGGUCACUUCAUACAUCCACAUCUUAUGACAUGAAGAGUGAGCUGCAUCUGUGUAAACCUGACUGGAGUGAUGGAGACACGAUCACCUGCCACACCAACUACUCAAAUAGCCAAACCCAAACAAGUAUACAACUCCACUCACAAUGUGCUUCUGACAAAGAAUCCAUACAGAACUUUCCAGCUGUUUUUGUGGCCAUUUUCAGCAUCUUCAUCUGCAUCGUCUUCAUCUAGAUAUUGUUCUGCAUGUUCAAA